AUGCUGAACUCCGUGACUCACGAUGAAGAGGAGGAAAGUGCUUUGGAUAAGUUAUUUAAGCUUAUUUGCAAGGAUAAAAAUCGCAAAAGGGUGAAUCCAGAAUCUCUAGAGUGUGAUAACUUUGGCGAAUUCAACAUCCCAGAAUUGACUGAGGAAUCGGACGCCGAAAGUGAUGUUGCAUCAGAAAUAACCGCUGAUCCUUUACCUAGAGAUUUGUACGAAAGUUUUAAUGAUGAUUAUGAAACAUUUUUAAGUUCCAAUGCUCCUAUUGUGGGCGAGUGUUUCGUAGAUCAUCCAUUAUUUGCCAGUUACAAAGUUAAAAGCAAAACACCUGUCUUGGAGCGCGUUUUGAAAUCAAAUGCAGUACCAGACCCAGUAGAAAAUGGGAGCUACUAUUUUAUUUCAAAGAAUCUGAUUAAAAAGCUGCAUAAAUUGAGCAAAGAUGCCGAAAAUAAGGUAGACAUUCCACAAUUAUCCAAUCGCAUUCGCUACCUUUUCCAUUGUAUAAAUUCCUACUUGGAUGUUCUUUAUGUUGAUCAUCAUACUAGGAAUUUGGAUGCUGUUAGAUUUGUUUGUUCGCUGCACAUAGCAAAUCACAUUUCAAAAGGCUCCAUAAAAAAACUUGAUUCGACGGAAAACGAUGGAAAAGUCGACAAUAAGGACCUUGGCAACGAAAAUACGCAUAAUCGAUCUGAGGGUUUUACUAGACCCAAAGUUUUGGUACUUUGUGGUUUGCGCUGUAUUGCUUACGAAAUAAUUACAUAUCUGCUUAUGCUACUCCCACCAUCAAAAUCGGAUGAAAGUUUAGAACGCUUUGAGAAUGAGUUCUCACUGGGUGAAGAUGACUUAUCGGAUCAAGUUGAAAUGUUUUCCAAGACAAAGAAGCCACAGGAUUUUGUAAACACAUUCAGUGGAAAUCAGGAUGACGCAUUUAAAGUUGGAAUACGUUAUCAAUCAGGAAUCUUGCACCUUUUUACUCCGUUUUAUUCUAGUGAUAUUAUUGUUGCAUCUCCUUUGGGGCUCAGAUCAAUUGUUGGACAUAAGGGUGACGGUGAUUCUGAUUAUGAUUUCUUGUCAUCAAUAGAAAUUGUCGUUUGUGAUAGAAUCGAUAUAAUAAAAUUCCAAAAUUGGCGUUUAUUCUCGGACUUGUGGAAGCUAAUAAAUCAGCCUUUGGUAAAGUGGAGAGAUGGAGAUAUAAGUAAAAUUCGCAUGAGUGUAAUUGAUGGGCAAAUUGGGGAAUAUAGACAAAACAUUCUAGUUUCAUGCUCUAGGAAUGCUGUAUUUAACUCUCUAUUUAAAAAUGGCAAAAACAAGAGAGGGUCUAUCAGGUUAUUCUCUCCCUACACUAGCGAUUACAUACUUUUGGGCUCGAGAUGCAAAAUACAACAAUUUUUCAUAAAGGUUCCCGCAUCAAAUAUAAAACAAGCUAAUGAGGAAUUGCUGGACUAUUUUAUUGACAACAUGAUGGAUAAUUUACAUGAAGUUAAGGAAGUAUUAAUAGUCUUGGCCGAUUAUACUCAGUACUAUAGGAUAUGCAAAAAAUUAAAAGCAUCUAAUUUGGAAUAUUUAACAUGCCAUGAAUCUAAUACAUCUAAACAAAUGACAUUUUCACGCCAGAAAUUCUAUUCAGGCUCUGUACCUAUUUUGAUCACGACGUUUAGAUUGCUAUUUUUCAAGCGUUAUCUCUUUAAGGGAGCCUCUAGAAUAUUCUUAUUACAGCCACCGGAAUAUGCGCCGAUGUAUAAGGACUUGUUACGAAUGGUCGAUCCUGGCAAAAACAAUAGCAUAGUGUGCUAUUAUACUCUGUUUCAUACGGCUCUGCUCGAGCCAAUCGUAGGUACUUCAAGGAUAGCAUGGCUUAUAAAAGCUCCAGAUACCCACAUAAUCCAGUUCCACUAG